AUGGGGUGUCACGGGAAUAUGACGAAGUGGGCAAAGGUGCAAGUGAGGGAGUUGCUUGGAAUAUCGCAGCGGUGUCGGAGGAUCAAGCAUGUUGACGUUGGGAGCCAAUGCAUGGUUCGUGGUUCGGAGCUAGUUUUGCUGCACUGGGUUGUUACACCAGGCCUCGCGUUUUCCCCUGAAAAACUCGGGCAACCAUUUGACAUCGUCUCAAUGCAAUUUUGCAUGCACCACACUUUUGAGACUGUCCAAAGGCGCGUUGUAUGCUUGACAGGAACGUCAUUGGUAUACAGAAUUCGGUUUGAAAAUCAGGACUUGAAACCGAUGUUUGGCCGCAACUACUGGUUUUUAUUGCAAGACGCAGCCGAGAAUGUACCAGAGUAUGUUGCGCGAUGGGAAAAUUUUGGACACAAGGUCCCACCAAUCUUUGAGGCCAUGGCUCAGGCCACGGCUCAAGGCUUCAUGCAUUGUGAGCCUGAGCCUUGGGCUUUCCUGGGCCUUGACGACGGCCCAAGAAGGCCCGGCUUUGGGACAGCUGGCUCUGGCUGGCUUACGGCUUUGGGCCGGGCCUGGCACAUCACUACUCUCAUAUGA